AUGGAAGACGAGCAAUAUGCAGAGACCCAUGGCCCAGCAUCGCGUCCUCCUUCACGAGCGAGCGACACCGAUGACGGCAAUGUUGGAGAACAUGUCAGCCUUGGGAAGGUGACACGGUUGUUUCACAAACACUUGACUGCCCGUAAAUGCUCACCGAGCGGCGACUUUCUUCCUCAAGACGCACCUCCCAGCUCUCCAUCCACCCGUGAACACGACGACUGGUUCCCAUUUGAGGACCAGCUUCAGUUCGAGACCGCCGACCUUCUUUACCGACGCGCGCAAGCCUCAGCAACUAUCAUCGACGGCCUCUGCAACUUAUGGGCAUUGUCUCAUCUCGGACAGAAUACCACGUCGCCAUACCCCAACCACAAGAUUCUUUACGACACGAUCGACCGCAUCAAGCAAGGUGACGUCCCCUGGCAAACUUUCAAUGUCACGUAUCAAGGCCCACGGCCCAACACCAACGUGCCCGCGUGGAUGGAUCAAGAGUUUGAUGUCUGGUUUCGGGACCCUCGCGAGGUGGCCAAGAAUAUUCUGUCGCGCCCGGAUUUGAAGGACGACCUCGACUUCACUCCUUACCGUGACUAUGACGCGUCGGACGUUCGACAAUUCGAGAAUCUUUUCUCCGGAGACUGGGCAUGGGAUCAGGCAGACCAGAUAUCCGAAGAUCCUGAUACGCAUGGGGCAACCUUUGUCCCCUUCAUUCUCGGCAGCGACAAGACGACGGUUUCAGUCGCAACAGGCCAUACGGAGUACUAUCCCUUGUAUUUAUCCAUUGGCAACGUACACAAUGCAGCGCGACGGGCGCGUCGCAACGCGGUCGCGGUUAUAGGGUUCUUGUCGGUGCCCAAAACUGAUCAAAUCUACGCGGACGACCCAAAAUUCAGACAUUUUCGCCGACAGCUCUACCAUGCUUCCCUAUCCGCCAUCCUUCAAGUGUUUAAGCCGGGCAUGACCAAGUACGAAGUCGUCCAAUUCGGCGACGGUUUCCAUCGACGGGUGAUCUGGGGGGUUGGGCCUUACAUUGCCGAUUACCCCGAGCAAGUGUUGCUUGCGGGCGUGGUGCAAGGGUGGUGCCCCCGUUGUCUAGCAUUCCCGGAUGACCUCGAUGCCGACGCACCAUUGCGUUGUGAGGAACACACCGAGGUCCUCGUCGAUGAACUCCAUCCCGGCGUGCUAUGGGAUUCAUACGGUAUUAUAGCAAAUGUUGUGCCCUUCACGAACGACUUCCCUCGUGCCGACAUCCACGAGUUAAUUGCGCCGGACCUACUCCAUCAGUUAAUUAAGGGUACUUUUAAAGACCACCUGGUGACGUGGGUCGGCAACUAUCUCAAGGCAGAGCACCCGAAGGCGACGUACCGGCGGAUUAUGAAGGACAUUGACGAGCGUAUCGCGGCGGCUGCACCAUUUGCGGGUUUAAGACGUUUCCCUCAAGGCCGAGGUUUCAAACAGUGGACGGGUGACGAUUCGAAAGCAUUAAUGAAGGUGUAUCUACCUGCGAUUGAGAAGCACGUCCCGGACGCCAUGGUGCGAACCAUCUGGGCGUUUCUCGAAUUCUGCUAUAUCGUUCGUCGCGACCGAAUCACGGAGACAGACCUCGACGACCUCCAAGAUGCACUCGACCGCUUUCACCACUACCGGGCUGUCUUCGCAACCAGCGGCGCCGCGGCCUCCCUCUCUUUACCCCGACAACACUCCCUCAAGCACUACAUCUGGCUUGUCCGCCAGUUCGGGGCGCCGAACGGGCUCUGCUCCUCCAUUACCGAGUCGAAACACAUUGAAGCCGUGAAGGAACCUUGGAGGCGGUCUAGUCGUUUCAAGGCCCUUGGUCAGAUGUUACUCACGAACCAGCGCCUCGAUAAACUCAAGGCUACGCGCGUCGAAUUUGAUGCGCGUGGCAUGCUCGACCCGCUUUACGUUGUCGGCAACGUUCAGGCAACACGAUCAUUCGAAGUUGACGACUGGCAGGAGGACGGUGAGGAGGACGGAGGCGAGGAUGAUAUAGACGGGUUUGCAUUGAUGGCGGAAGUCAAACUGGCACGGAAACCAGGUGCGUUGUACACCGGCCUCAGCGACGAACUCGGCAUCCCCAGACUGAGCCGGUUGGCGCGUCGUUUCCUAUAUACCCAGCUCAGCACCGACCGCACCCGGCCCACUCGUACAGUGCCAUCCCGCGACCUCCCGUUCCUUCCGAAGACUAUCAAGGUCUUCAAUUCGGCUGUCUCGAUGUUUCGAGCCCCAAGCGACCUCUGCGGGCUGUCAGGACUCAAACGGGAGCGUAUCCGCUCAACGCCGCUCUGGCGAGGCGAGGCUCCACGUCGCGACUGCGUCUAUGUCGUCACAGACCCCGAGGCCAAGGGCAUUGCCAGCAUGGAGGUCGCCCGCGUCCUCGCAUUCUUCUCUUUUCGAUAUGAGGACAUCACGUAUCCCUGCGCUGUCGUCCAUUGGUUCAAUUAUGACGGAGACUCUCGUAAUGAGAAUACGGGAAUGUACAUGGUCCGCCCGUCUUUCUAUGACAAUGGCGCGCCCCAUGUAGAGGUAAUACAUGUUGAUACUAUCCUUCGCGCAGCUCAUCUACUACCAAUGUUUGGGCCUGGGUUUGUGAUACCCGGAACGACGUGCUACAGCUCUUACGAUAACUAUCAAGGUUUCUAUGUAAAUCGAUUUGCCGACCAUCAUGCGUUCGAGAUAGUGUAG